GGUACGUUUUUUUUGUGCACUCAUACUCUUGUUCUUGUGCGUGCUUAUGCGUUUUUAUGCAGAUGUUAUCGUGACCGGGCUUCCGUAAUUCUGAUAUUCCUGAUAAUAGUGAUAAUAAACAAAUAUUACACAUAUACUUACACACUUGUACUUUCUCAGUCUCAACAUAUGUGUGCACAGUGCGUACAGUGUAAAGUGUACCCUAGCUACUUAGCUAGUUAUUGUGAAUUAAUAGUGUGCAACAAUGUGUUGAUCGUGUCAUGAUUCAUCUUCAAUUCUUCACGAUACCUUCAAUUUAAGUAGACGUAUUAGUUUCCGACAUAAUCAAAUCGAAACUACAGUCGGUUGAGUUACUUGAGUGAGGUAAUGAAGAUGAGGUGUUCAUACACACCUAGACCUGCAAUGUGCAAAUACACUUAUGCAUGUGUAGACUCAGGACUGUGGUAGCAGCUAGUGUGAAUUUAAGCGUGAAUGUGAAAGAAAAGUAAAUGUACAAAGCAUCCAAGUGUUAUCAACCAACAGCAGUUCGUCGUCGUCGCGGCUGACAAGCAGCAGCAACAACUGUAUAGCUAGCACUAGAGGCGGCAGGUUAUUGCCGCGAGAGCGCUUAACAUGCGCCUCAGCACCGAUGGCUCUCUUUCAGAAGAGUUACACGAAUAAGGUGCUGCUCGACGACACCGAGAUCCUCACCAGCAUCAUCGAGAAUGCCCGCACUAUCGACGCCCACACCGAGUACGUAAUUAGGACUCAAAGGGGACCACUACCUGAUAAUUCCUGGCGUGUCUGUAGGCGUUACAAUGACUUCGUUCAACUGCACUCCAUGCUGUCGGCCUCUGGGCUUAACUUGCCUCUUCCACCAAAGAAGAUCCUCGGUAAUAUGGAACCUGACUUUGUAGCUCAGAGACAGGCUGCAUUACAGAGUUAUCUAAACUGCAUACUAAUGAAUCCAAUACUUGCUUCGUCGUUGCCCACCAAAAAAUUCCUUGAUCCAGAAAACUAUACGGCACCUCUGCACGAAAUAGCACUGCAGCAGGUGUCACUGGCGUUGCGCAGCGAUGCCAAUUUCGAGGUCGGCAAGGCCAUACCCGACAUGGGUUGGCGACUCAGAAAGCACUACUACACCGUCAAAAAUAAGCAGAACCCCAAGCAGGAUCUGCUUUUGGCGUGGGUUGAGUUUGGACCGGACAAACAUCUUCAGGACAAAGAUAUGCAGGGAGUGUUCAAGAGUCUUGGCAGUCUCAGACAUGUUUAUAUCGAACCAAUGGUCCAUCAGCAUGUUACCGAAAACGGUGCUUUGAUCAUUCGCAAUUUUCAUCCAGAUGGCACGUUAAGGGACGUUCUGUGCUAUGCCAAGCCUAAGCAAUCUUUCAUCAAGAAGUAUGGAAAUCCAAAACAGACCAACUCAUUGACACCCACCGAAAUUGCCAACUAUGGGUAUCAGAUACUGGAAGCACUUAGUUUUCUCCAUGAAAAAGGUUUGCCCUAUGGACAUCUACACACAGGAAAUGUUCUAUUAACUCCUACCGGAGCGAGAUUAUUAGAUGUAGAAAAUGGCCUUUUAGGUUUACCCGCAUUUUAUAGACCAUACGUAGUUCAAAGGCGAAAAUUACAUGCGACCACUCAAGUAGACGUGUACGCGUUUGGACACGUUUUGUACGAGAUGGCCUUUGGCAGACCUCUACUGGAAGCCACUACUGGAGCCUCGGACUUACCGUAUUGUGAUGCAAAGUUGAAAAGCCUUUUGGAAGUCAUUUUAUCUCACGAGGCCUUGAAGCUAGAUCUUCCAACGGUUGCUCAGCUACUGGAACACCCGUUCUUUGAAAUGGCGAGACAAAAUAAUUGUUCCAAUGCCAGUAACGUGGAAAAACCGCAUUUCAAACUCAGCAGUCAUCUGAAGGAUGCACUUGCCGAGGCGACCAAUAAAGCCGAGUUGAGACUAAAGGACGAGCAGAAAGUAGUUAGGCAUCAGAAGAGACUUAUCAAGGUUCAAGAAAUGAUGAGUUCCGAAGAGGAGAUGAAGAAACGCAAACACAAAUUGAAAAAAGAGCAAAAGUUAGCACAAGAGCGGACAGCCAAUCAACUUGCAGCAAACGGAACAAAACAGAUUAACGGCAAAAGCCCAGAGGUUUGUGACAGUCCAACCAGUACUUCAACGGCAACAAGCGUGGGUACCCUUACACCGCCGACUCACGGUUCUACUAAAGUGCAAUCUAAAGAUUCCAAAGAACUUAAAACUAAAUUGUGUCCGCCACCACCUCCGAUGCCAGCAAUGGCAAAAAUCAAUGUGCCAGUAUCAACAACAAAAUCAACAGCUGCGUCGAACGAGCGCUCAGCACUGCUCGGCAGCAUCUGCGCGUUUAACAAAGCGAAUCUUCGUCAAGUCACAAAUGGCAUCCAUUGACGUAUAAUAUACAUACAUAUACAUAUACUUACCUAAGACCAUUAUCGCAAAUUGUAGUCACUUCCGACUCUAUAUCUCUAGCUCAUAACCAAAUUGUCCGUCUCUUAUAAGUGUAUGAGUAAAACGUACUCAAUCUUCCCACACUCCAAUGAUGUUCUUUGAGCCAGUGGCUAAUUAAAUGGAUUUUCAUUAUAUAUACAUAUUCAUAGAUUAUAAGAAGAUAGCGCAAGGAGGAGACAGUUGGUAUGUAUCAUAGAAUUUUUGUAAGAGUAUUAUUUUGACUAUGAAAGCAAAAACUCUUUGAAAAUUCAUUGAAAUUCAUCGCCGUGCUGUGAUUUACCAAUGGGAAGGAAGGAGUUUCGAGACUGUAUCGCUACGAUAUGUCCUCGUUUGUGUGAAUCGUAUAGAUUUGAUAAAUUAUUCGAGCCUACACUUAAUCAAUCCUGACGAAUAUCUCGUAUGCAUUUAGAAAGUAAAAUACGUUAUCCGUGCAUUACGGCAUCCAUGUUUAAAAUAUAACAAACACCACCUCGUACAAGUAAACAGAAAUUUAUGUGUUCUCGUAUAGAGUGUAUGUGAAAAAUCUCGUGUUGUUGUCUUUCAUGUUUGGAUGUACAAAAUAAAAAGUAGUCCUUUUUUAAGAAGCAUUUAUCAUGUCAAAUGUCAGCGAUGCCAUCACCCGUCAUUGUAUUCAAUGACCGAAAUCAAUUAGAUUAGGGCACUUUUUCAAAAAAGUGGGACGAAAAAAAACACUUCGAUAUACGUAUAGUCAUCCAAGCGCGAAAGAGUUGCGGAAUACAACACAAAAAAAUGUCGGUCUCCACCAAUUACCUGUACGAUAUGUAAGAGCUGUAUUAUUUUUGUCAGCUGUGUAACACAGCCCGUCAUUAUGCUAUAACAAUUAUUGCAGGAAAAGUGAAAGCUCCAAGGCUUUUGAGAAAUAGAGGAGCGUGCAAGCUAUGUUUAUUCGGAAAUUAUUAUAAAAUGCGUAAAUAAAUUAUUUUAAAAAGUAUAUAUAUAUAUAUAUAUACACACGCAUAGUAAAUUACUAUACAAGGAGACAUAUAAUUAUUAUCAAUAUUAAU